AUGAGGACAGGGGCGUCUCUGCUGACGGCAGUGCUCAUCGCGACGGCCGCCCGCCAAGUGGAAGGCUACUGCUGCUAUUACACGCCGGAGCCGGACGGGUGCACCGACUGCCAGUCGCAGGCGGCGGGCGACGUCUGCUCGAGAUACGCUGUCGAGUGCACGGACUCGUGCGGCGGGAAGUGGUGUGGUGCAGCCGCAGACCCCGACGCGCCCGGCACCGGCGCGCCGGGGAGCACCACCGCGACCACCCGGACCUCGACCGCGACCUCGUCGACCACGCUGCCCGAGAUCGACCUGGCCGGCUUCCGGUACAGCUCGCCCGCGGGCUACUCGGAGGACGACCUGGGGACGCUGGUCGAGCUGAACUGCGGCAAGGUGCGCAGCGCGAGCGGGGACUACCAGAGGGCCAUAUCGGAAGGAAGCGCCCUCGCCCUCCGGCACGAGGCGCUCUGGACCCGCAAGUCCGGGCGCGCCGAGGCCGCGUGCGUCCUGGCCAGGGUGCUCCUCGAGCAGGGCAACGCCACCGGCGCGGCGUACUAUGCCAUCAACGCGUGGGGCUCCGUCGUCAUGGAUGGCACCGAGAGCUGCACGAUCCCGGGCCCGCCGUUCUGCGUGGACACGCUGUCGGCGUGGUCCGACCUGACGAUCGAGACCGUCGCGCUCCUCGUGCCCGCCGGGCUGCUCGUGCUCCUCGUCGUGGCCGCGGCCGUGGUCCCCCUCUGCGCCCCCGCCCGCCGCCCCGACGGGCCCCGGCGGGCGGGCGGCGCACCCGCCGGCUCCCACCUGCCCGCCGUGCCGGAGGAGCCGGUGCCGUGCAUGCCCGCCGUCGCAGACGAGAAGACGCCGGUGGGCGGCCGCGGGCUCAGGGCGGAGCUGCAGGGCCGGUUCGCGGAGAGGUCGUGCCUCCGCGUGCUCGGCGACGCGGUGGGCUUCGCGGACACGUCGGCGCACCUCUUCAGCAGCCUGCAGGCGACGUUCGGCUUCCAGGCGGACAGCGCCCGCAACCAGUUCGAGCACCUGCUGUCGCUCUGGCGCUCGGAGUGCGCCAUGGUCGCGGACGUCAGCGUCGGACGGGGGGAGGCCGUCGAGGAGCAGCACCUCCUCCGGGAGGCCCUGCGCAGCCUCCACGGGGACAUGCUCGACGGCUUCGGCCGCUGGCGCUCGCAGCUCCGCGCGCACGACCGCGCCCGCGUGCCGGCGAGGGAUCCCGAG